AUUGAACUGAACACUGAUGAAACGUUAAAUGUAAUGACAAGAUUUCGUUUCAGGAACUAAACGGGAGGUAGGAAACAUGUUCUGUCAAGUCGCAGAUGUCAUUGGCAGGGUUACAUCCAUUUGCAAGAGGAGGACCCGGAGGCGAGUGUUCCCCUUGUUUGUAGCCGUGAACGUCGUGGUGCCACUCUACCUGUACCUUGUCGGGUUCCCAUCUCCAGUCCCAGGCCUACAGAACCACGGUACACGCCACCUUGGCAGGGUCCUCGGGGAUAGACAUGACAAGCCAAAGGCCAUCGACACUGUCUCCAGUGAAAUCCUUCCACUCAAACAUCCCGCUUUUGAACAGAUACCUGGAUUGUUCAACUAUUCUCUUUUAAAGGAAGGGGAAGAGAGGCAUCUUCUUGUAAAUCUGCAUCAAUAUCAGUUUACCUUGAACUCUGACCUCUGUCAGAUAGGUAACGUGUAUCUACUAACGAUUGUUCACUCGGCCUUGGAUCAUAUCAAUUAUCGACGUCGAAUCCGAGAAACAUUUGGAAGCGUUCGUAAAGCGUGGAAUAAAACAGUCGUCGUUGUUUUUACCGUCGGCGUUUCAAAUAAUGAAACACUUCAAACCAGUGUCGUAAGAGAAGCUAAUGAAUUUAAAGACAUGAUUCAAGGGAAUUUCAUUGAUGUGUAUAGAAAUCUGAGUAUAAAACACAUAAUGGGUUAUCACUGGAUGCUGAACCAUUGUCCUGAAGCAGCCUUUGUGUUGAAGAUGGAUGAUGACAUGUUUAUGAACCCAUAUGUGAUUGUCAAGUAUCUCACUCAGCUGAAGGAACCUACUAAUCAGCUCCUAGGCGCAAUAGCUCACAGGUAUGCGCCAUGGAGGGAAACUAAACUGAAAUGGUACGUUUCAACAGCCCAAUAUCCGUUUAAAACAUGGCCCAAUUUUUGUCGAGGACUUGCUUAUAUUGUGUCCAAAGACGUUUUGCUCAAGCUUUACCAUGCGUCCUCAGUGACGCGCUUUAUCCCUAUGGAUGAUGUAUUUGUCACGGGUGUUAUAAGAUCUAAUUUAGGCAUUAACGCUACAGAUUAUGGGGACCUGAGAUACAGUUGUACGACAAGAGUGUCUGUGUCGAGAUUUCUCAGCGCUGGAGUGAUGUUCACAUUUGAUUCGUGUCUAAAGCUGACGUUCAAGAAUGUGACCGCAAUGAAAAUGUACAGCAACGGUACAUACCAUUUGUCAAUGUCGGACAAAAGUAUAUUUAUUUCAUAAGUAUAUUAACGAAAUGACUGCUAUCGAUGUCUGUUGACCUAUAUAAAUAUCUACUAGACAAUCAUGUUUAUCGGUCAGUGGACGUUACUUGUGACUUUGGUUUUGAAAGAUAAGGAAGACUGCAUUACAAUGCUGCAUGGUAUUAAGCAUUUCCAUGUGAUCCUUCGUGUUUGGAAUCAGGUUUGGAAACUUCUUUGAGUGGCACUCAAGUUGGAAGUUGGAAAGUACAAUAUUGACAAGCUUUAUGGAUAAUAACUUCUUAUAUUUCAUGAGUGUGAAGUUUCAAUACAGAUUCCUUGGCGAUCCAGAUUUGGACUAGUUGGAUUCUAUGCCCACAGUUCACAUCACUGUUAAGAAGCACGUACACCUGAGCGUUAAUGUGUAAAAUGGUUUGAGUUUGUGCCCUUAAAAUGAAGUAUUACAUCUAUUAAAAUGUUCAGUGUUGAACAUAAACGGAUAAAUGAGUUGUAUGUAAUAAGCCAUACACCGGGUUGAACUUAAUUGAAAUUAAAGAGACCAUGCCUCAACUGUUUCAAGAGGAAUUGAAAGUGAUGUAAUUGACGCGAAUAUAUGUGCACAUUCAGAACAUGAGGACUAAAUGACCCUGGGAAUGUUUGUUGUCAUACAACAGGUCUCCCUCAUUGUGUAAUAACAUCGCGUGAUGACGGGCGUAUGACGUCAUAAUGGUUUACAGUUAUGACGUCACAAUGCUAAUACCUCUGUCACAAUGGUAUUAGUCAUUGCUUGACUCGCGGAAAGCUGAGAGUGUGAAGGCAAUUUCGCCGCAGUUUCUAUCAAUGUAUGUUGGAGAGCAAUAAACAGAAUACUAAACUCGCUUCCGUGCAAUACCAUUUUUAUUAAGCUCGUGAAAGAUGAUUAACUCGUUUAAUAAAAAUGGCAUAACACGGAAGCUGUUAAGUAUCCUCUGUACAUUACUCACCCGUUGUAGAUAUCACUGUUUGAUAAUUUUACAAUGUUAUUGCACAUUGUUUAUUACACAUUGUGUAAUAACAUCGCGUGA